CGCCUCGUUAAGGAAAGAAUUUAUAGUCACACGUCAUGCGUUUCGUUUAGACAGCGCAGCAGCUGUAAGAAUGAGUACGCGGGCCAGGCAUGGGUUAUGGACACUUCUUUACAUACUUGUACUUAUUGAUACAGAAUCAGCGGUGGCAGCGCCAGAGGCAGGGUUUUGGAAAACCACCGCUUUAAGUACCUCAAGACCGCUGCUGUUAAGGAAAUCCAUGUACAAAGACACCAGCAUUGAGUUGAAAGUUGUGUCAUUUGGCUGUCCUGAGGAGGUAACUUUCACCAUUCAUUGGUAUCUGAAGUACUACCCCUGUCACAACAAUUUCAAUAAUAUUGAAGAAAUGUAUGAUCGAACGCCACUGAGUCGCGGGCUGAGCCUGGAUCCAAAUCCCAGUGUACAAGGAGAGUACAUUGAGCACAAACACAAGCCAAUAACAUGCAACAGUGACCUGCGCUCCUUCCCAAUGCUAAAAAAAGCAAAGGCGGGGCCACUUCCUGUGAGUCUACCAGUUGAGGGACAAGUGUUGGAUGCGAGUGAAAUCAGAUGGCUUACCGAGGAGUAUGACAGCAACACAAAGACCAACAGCAGUGCAAAUGUCAAAGACAAUGUCGUAACCUCCACUUGGAAAGAUGGGCCUUACCUACUGGUGGUGAAGAUUGAGCCAAGUAAACAAGAUGCUAACUGGAAUUUAACCGUGACUGUUGUGAUGAAAGGAAGCCAUGGCUACAUAUCUGUCACAGAAUACCCUCUCAUGAUUUUCUACAUGAUCAUGUGUGUGGUCUACAUCCUGUUUGCCCUGCUCUGGUUUAUGUGGGCCGCCUGCUACUGGAAAGACCUACUGAGAAUCCAGUUCUGGAUCGCUGGGGUUAUAUUCCUGGGAAUGGUGGAGAAGGCGGUCUUCUGCGCUGAAUAUGAAAACACCAACACUGUUGGCUCUGCUUCUCCAGGCCUGCUGAUCUUUGCCGAGUUGGUCUCUGCUCUCAAGAGAACUUUGGCCAGAUUGCUUGUCAUCAUUGUCAGCCUUGGCUAUGGCAUUGUUAAGCCUCGAUUGGGAACAGUAAUGCACCGAGUUGUUGGUCUUGGAAUUCUUUACUUUGUCUUUGCUGCCAUCGAAGGCGUGCUGCGAAUAACCGGGGAUCGGGACAACGGCCCAGCUCUCAUUACAGCAAUUGUUUUGGCUGUGUUUGACUCCAUCAUCAUCUGUUACAUAUUUGUCAGCCUGGCUCAAACUAUCAAGACUCUUAAACUGAGGAGAAACCCAGUCAAGUUGUCCCUCUACAGGCACUUCACAAACACGCUAAUAUUUGCUGUGAUUGCUUCCAUUAUUUUCAUGGGUUGGACAGCAAAGAAAUUCCGUCUAGCAGAGUGCCUCUCGGAUUGGAUUGAGCUGUGGGUGGAAGAUGCUUUCUGGAGGUUUUUGUUCUCCCUCAUUCUGCUUGUCAUAAUGUUUCUAUGGAGACCAUCUGCAAACAACCAAAGGUACGCCUUCACGCCUCUUAUGGACGACUCAGAUGAUGAGGAAAUUGAGGAAUUUAUCGCCUCUUCAAAUGGUGCUGAUGGCGUUAAACUGAGAGCUGCAAAGAGUGACACCAAUGGUGCUGUGAAAUCUCCAGAAACAAACACAGAAGACGACCUAAAGUGGGUUGAGGAUAACAUUCCUACUUCUCUCGCUGAUGUAGCUCUUCCAGUCCUUCUUGACUCCGACGAGGAAAUCAUGACGACCAAGUAUGAGAUGUCCAAGCUGGAGUGAGGUGACACCUUACUAUUUAAAGCCUUCCGCAAAGGUAGUGGAGAACAAAAAAUAGGCGGCUGCUCGUGACCCUGCUGUCAAAAUCAAAUGUGCAGAAAUAGGUGUUAUUUCUGGUGGCGGGCCAUGGCAGAGCUCUAGGGGGAGCCUGUGCUCAUUUCCUUCUACUUCUACCAUCGAAAACAGCUGAAGAAGAAUCAGUUUAAGCCUUCUUUUCCAAAGAGAUGAACUACUUUUAUAUUAAGUGCUGUAUUUAUUUCCGUUAUGUUGAUAUGGUGUUUUUUUUAUUGCAAAUAAUAACAGUGGGCCUCAUGCAUGAACAUACACUGUCUUGGUGAGACUUUCAAAUCACGCUUAUAUAUAAAGGUGGAGCGGAUUCAAAAGCUUUUGUAAACACCAGAACUUAUUUAUUCAACUUUCGCAUUACAUUUACAAAGUGGGACUUAGGAAAUAAUAUAUGAAAUAUUAGUGUGAAGACGCUGACAUGAACUUUGGAAAAGAACAUUUUGCUUCUAUGCAUUUUGGCCAUCAAAACUGUGCCUACUUGUGUGAGGCCUGAUGUGAUAUUCCAAAAGUCACAAUACUGGUGUGUAUGUGCGUGUGUGUGUGUGUGUGUGUGUGUGUGUGUGUGUGUGAGCGCGAACAUGAUCAACGAUCAUUAGUACAAUUUAAAAUGUGUUAAGUAUAGUAUAGCCUUGAGGGGGUCCUGGUGUAUGUUUUUGGAAAUAGGCAGCAAUACUGUGUGUUAAUAAGGAAUUGUGUAUUUAUUUGUGUUAAAAGUGUACUUAUGUUGGCCCAUGUUUACUAUUGUUGUGUUUACAUUAAUGUAUUCUUCAGAGCUGGACCAAUUUCAUACUGUACUGGGAAAAACGGCAAUUUGUUGUUCUUUAUUGACCAAGUUUGCUUUGCACACAGCACUCUUGGAUGUUGUCGUAAUUGUAGACUUGGACGCUGUUGACGUGUAUGAUGAUUGCAGUGGUUAGCACAAGCACCCCAAGAGGAUUAAAAUGUUUCAUGAUUGUUUCCAUGUCAAGGGUUGUAGGAAGUAUGGGAUGUGACAUGUGUUUAUCAUGGCGAGUGGCCGACUUUGUUUAACGUCAUAAUUCAGGAGGUGUGUGGGGUUACACGUGUCAUUUUUUUUUCAUGCACAUUUUUCUCAAUGAUUCAAAUGAGAUUAUAUGCAGGAGUAUGUUUGUUUCCUGGGCUGUAAAUUGCUCCAUUAUGGCAAUAAAAUGAAGUUUUUUAAACAAA